AAGCCCAUAUAGGUUCAAUACCAAUGUUGAGUCUGAAAAAGCACUUUUUACGUGAACAUCAUCCGUUGUUUGAGGCGGUGAGACAUUGAACUUCCGACUAAACCCAAAACACAACAAAAAAACCAAAAUAAAUAAAUAAUGGAUAUUCAAUUGUUGUCGUUCAUGGUUUGCAGUGAUCAUCCCUUCCACUCACAUUACCCAUCAAACAUUCUUAAUUCAAGCAUAAUUUUAUCUGCAAAUAUAAUUGAUUAAUCAGAGAAUGCAUUUGCAAAAUUGCAAUUGCAUGGCUACCAAUAACAAAAUGCAGGUUUCUCUGAUAUUUGCAUUGCCAUUUUCUUCUUCUGGUAUUGGGUCCAUCUUCAUUUGAUUUUCUUGGAAUUUUCAUUUGGUUCAACUUCUGAGAUUGGAGCUUAAAAUUAUAAUUCAGCGGCAGUAAUCAUGGAAUUAGUGUUAAAAAUUGGAGUUAAGAUCAGGAAAUCUGUGAGCAUUUCAAUCAGAACAUGUUACAGAUCAGUUUGCAAUCAUCCAUUUCUUGUGGGAAUGCUGCUUUUCUUGUUAUUUCUGCAUAGAGAAUUUCCUUUUGUGUUUUCUCUUUUGGUGUAUGCAUCCCCUGUAUUUGUCUGCUCUGUUGUUCUUCUUGGGACCCUUUUGAUUUUUGGCCAGUCCGACAUACCCAAAAUCGAAAAGGAACAAAAGAUUAGCCGUGCCAUUGCUUCUCUUAGAACUCAAGUUUCGAGGGAUGACAUUGUUGUUGAGACAGAGGGGAGCUUUCCCAUCGGAAGGCUUUUACGAAAGUCUAGGGACACUGCAGAGAGUAGUGAGGUUGAUGAUUAUGAAGGUUCAGUUAGAUAUGUGCCACUUAUUAAUGAGAGCUUGCAGAACAUUCUGAGUGAGAAGAGAUUGACCGAGUUAGGGAGAGAAUUAGACAAUAAGGAGUUGGAAAGCCGGCGAAAUAUUGAAAAGGAGAAAGCGAGGCAUGAAGGCAUGACAAGGGAAGUGAGAAUUGAUGAGAAGCAGCAUUCUUUGGUUCAAAGGGUAGGAGAUGAGAAUCGAGAUUCGGUUGAUGCUCAUAAGGGUGAUCACUACUUGGAGCUUAGUGGUGGUGAUGUUGAUGCUGAUGAUGAUGAGGCUUCAGAUUAUAGGUCAGAUAAGGCAGAGAGUUCAUCACCAGAUGCAUCAAUCGUUGACAUUUUUCCAAUCCUUGAUGAGCUAUGCCCUCUUUUAGACUUAGAAGCUCCACAACCUGCUAAUGAUGAGUCUGAUUCUGAGACUGAUAGAAGUAACGAUGGCAGUAAUGAGUUAAAUGAGGAUAUUCGAAACAAAGGUGGAGAAGUAGAAGAGGACGGGGUUGAUGAUAAUGACGGUGAUGAAGAAGAAGCACAUGGUGGAAAGGAAGAUGAAUUUGCAAUCAAAUGGACAGAGGAUGACCAAAAGAAUCUCAUGGAUUUGGGGAAUUUGGAGCUUGAAAGGAACCAAUGCCUAGAAACUAUUGUGAGGAGAAGAGCAACGAAAAGCUUCAGUUUACCAGCUGAGAAGAAUCUAAUUGAUUUAGAUAGUUCUGAAAAUCCUUUUAAUGUUACACCAAUAUUGACAACAAAGCAUAACCCGUUUGAUCCUCAAUAUGAUAGUUCGUAUGAUAGCAUGGGGUUACCACCCAUUCCUGGUUCUGCUCCAUCGAUUUUGUUGCCAAGAAAAAACCCAUUUCAUCUUCCUUAUGAGUCAAAUGAAAAUAAACCUGAUCAUGCCAAGGGAGACCAUUUUCAACAACACUUUAUGACAUCUCAACCCAAGGAAGUGUUCUUUCAUAGGCAUGAAGGCUUCAAUUUGGGACCAUCGAGCAUAGGGGAUGCUAAGCAAGAGAGGCAAGAGUUUAAGUGGAGGCCUUUUUUUGUACUAGAACAGUUAGCUCCAGAAGGAGCAAGCUGUUCCUCAUUACAAGGACAAUCAAGCGAUGCUAGUGAUUUGAAAUUGAGUUCUAGUCUUGAUACUGAAUCAGUGAGUUCUGCAGCAAAUAUGGAUGAUAGAAAGUUUAGUGAGCAAGACUUUGCUAAAGAAGCAGAAGUGAUCUCCAACAUUUACCAAUCUUAUGAUCUUGUUGGCCAUGGAAGUCAAUCCUUUGAAGAUGUAGAUUCUCUGGAAAUAAUGGAACAAUAUGGAAAAAAAGGUGUUCAACAUGAUGAGCUAGAGAUAAAAUUGGGCAAAGUGGAAAAUUCGAAACCAAGCGUGUUGGGUACAGGAGGCUUUGCUACUCCUAUGGAAAUAAAUGAUGAGUCAAGCUUGUCAUCAUUGUCAGAAGUGGAUGAAAAGGUUUCAGAUGUAAGGAAAGGUGGAUCAUCAAGUUCCAAAUCAAGAAGUGAUAUCGUUCUAAAGGUUGCAGUUUCACCACAACCUUCACUUGGUGAUUUAGAAGUCCACUUUACGAGCGGUAUGGUGGAUGACAAUCAACAUAAGGAGCCAAUCUAUGAUCCAAUCUAUGACUCAAGCCCUUCAACGUCUGAAAGGGCAUUUUCCUUUGACUCAAUUUCUUUAGGCAUGCGAGUAGACAUAUCUAAACUGAUAUCAAAUUCAGAUUCGGAUGUCGAUCGUUUUAAGAAUUUGGACGAGAAUUAAGCUUCUUCAAAUUCUAGUUAUCAAUAUGUUUCUUCCAAAGAAAAUCCACCAUUAGAACAUGAGAAGCAUGUUUCCUGGUCAGAUAAAUCCAUGGUUGAACCGCGUUUUGAUGAUCACAAGGCACUUACUGAACCGACUUCCAUCUUGUUGGUGUCCAAAGAGGAUUCAAGUACAAUUCAGGAUGUGAAAAUACAGGAAGUCAGUGAUGUUCAGGACCUUGGUUUGACAAAUUUAUCUUCAGUGACUUCUAAAUCUACAUCAAGCAAUAUAGAAUCUGGCGUUCAAGAACCUACCACUACUCAUACUGCUUCGAAGUAAGUCUGUGAGGUUAAUGUUGGGUUUCAACCGGAAGUUUAGUCUGUGAUCCAGAAACUUCAAGAUCUUCUUGCAAAUGUUUACACUUGGUCUUGUGAAAAAAAUAAGUUGAGAAUGUGUUGUUUCUUUUCCUUUACUUUUCUUGUAAUAGUA